UGUCCACGGAUUAGCAGCGUGCCCUUUGACCCCACAUUGUGAGCCAGCUCACAGCCAAUGAGAAGCCGGAAUCCUGCCUCUGUAGACUUGGCUUGGAUGUGAAUGUAUAUAUAUAUCCCCUCUCAUAAGGUCGGCGUCCAUCACUUUCUCUAAAGGUCGGCCAUUCCUUCAAUUGUAACUAGCUGAUCAUGUCUCACUCAGGUGCUCAAGGCAGCAUAGGCAGCCACUCUGCCAUUGGGCUGCGCAAUCACAAGAUAUACCUCUAUGAAUACGAGAACUUCCAGGGACGUAGAAUGGACCUGUUUGGAGAGUCCCGUAACCUGUGCGAGAAGGGCAUGGAGAGAAUCGGCUCCAUCCGGGUAGAGAUCGGACCCUGGGUCGGGUAUGAGCAGCAGAACAUGACCGGUGAGAUGUUCAUACUGGAGAAAGGAGAGUACCCCCGCUGGGACACCUGGUCCAACAGCUACAGGUGCGACCGCAUCAUGUCAAUCAGACCUCUCCGGAUGGACCCGCAGGACCACAAGAUCUGCCUGUAUGAAUGUGCAAAUUUUGAGGGUCGUAAGAUGGAAGUGUGCGACGAGGAUAUUCCAAGUUUGUGGUCUUACGGCUUCCAGGAUCGUGUUGCCAGCAUUCAGGUCACCGGUGGAACCUGGGUGGGUUACCAGUACCCUGGCUACCGUGGCUACCAAUAUAUGCUUGAAAUGGGUCCUUUCAAGCACUGGAAUGAGUGGGGAGCCCACCACCCCCAGAUCCAGUCCAUCCGCCGCGUGAGAGACAUGCAGACGCACCGCAGGGGCUGCUUCGAAAUGACCGCAUAGAGGAGUCCAGUUGACUAAAAAGGAGGGAAUAGCAAGGGUGAAGUCAUGCUGCUAAAAACAUCCCCUGGAGAUCCUUCAGCAGCCACAUGGCCACACCAGCUAACAGCAUUUUAAUAUUGUUUCCUGGUAGGAUUUGGAAGUAUGUGGCGGGGUGAACGAUUCUGAAUGGGAUGAAAAUUUCUUAUUGUCACAGACUCUCAGAGUAACUGUAACACAGGUUUAAAAAAAAACAAUAGCAA